AUGGCUUUGCUGUGUACGGCGCCUGAUCCCGACUCUCCUCCAACUGCUUCUUCAGACGAAACAGCACGAGAUUGGAAAGAGAUUGAGGAUGAAGAUGAUAAUAUGCUCGUCAAAUUACAACAAGAACCAUGGAGACAAGCCUUUUUUGAUGACCUCCAAUCUCAAAUACCCAACAUCUGCGGCAUUGUUUCCCACCACCUAUCUUUAAGCCUGUUCCAGCAGUGUGAAGUCUCAGAUAGAUCGGAGUGGUUAUACGGCAGUUUCAAUGUCUGUAUCCCGAUCAAUGUCACCAACUGGCGAAAGCAGCGGCUUCUGUUGAGGUGUCCACUUCCUUAUAUGCUGGGCGGGCCAGAUGGCUUGGACGAGAAGAUCCGGUGCGAAGCCGCAACAUUUGCUUGGAUUUCAGAAAACUGCCCUCGGGUUCCGAUCCCACACCUCUGGGGAUUCGGACUUCCGAAUGGCUCAAGUUUUACGCCCAUUGCACAUCUCCCCUGGUUCAGACGAAUCAUCGAAAGCUUCAAGCGCGGUUGGGCGUGGCUCUGGCGACGGACAUAUAGCGCUCCCUACGUUCGUCGCCAUCCUGGAUUUUCAUUGAGGUCGGGCCAUCUCCUCGUGGAUUUCAUCGAAGCGAAGCAGGGCACCAUGCUUUUUAAAAUAUGGCCGCCAAAGACAGAUGCACAUAGAAAGAACUUCUAUCAAAGUCUGUCAAGAAUCAUGCUUGAUUUAGCACGUCACCCUCUUCCAAAAAUUGGGUCAUUUACGAUCCAGGACUCUGGUGAAAUGAGCCUGAACAACCGUCCAUUAACAAUACCGCUUUGCUUGCUGGAGAGCAGCGGCAUACCUCUAGGCAUCCCGCGUGAUCGGACUUACAUCACUACCGAUUCAUAUAUUCGCGAUCUUCUACACUGUUAUGAUAUGAAGCUAAGAUAUCAACCUAAUGCUGUUCGUGAUGAAUACGAUGCCGAGGGCCAGAUGGCGGUCCUCACAAUAAUGCGAGCUUUACACUCUCACUUUACCAUGGAUCAUCUUCGAGAGGGCCCUUUCUGUCACAUUUGGACAGAUUGCCAUGCAAGUAACAUAUUUGUUAAUCAACAAUACGACAUUACUUGCAUCCCUGACCUUGAAUGGAUAGCCGUUUUACCGGUUGAGGCACUCUCUCCACCUUUUUGGCUGAGUGGCUAUGAGGUCGACGAGCUUGGAGAGGAAAAGAAGCAACACUACGAAGAGAUGUGCACAGAGUUUCUGAAUGUAUUCAGCCGUGAGGACAACGACUCGCUCUCCACGCUUAAAGCUGGAGUUUGCACCAAGGUCAUGAAAGAUGCUCUCGAGAAAGCGACGCCUUGGUUUUGGGCGACUCUGAACCAUCCCCGUGUGACAUACAACCUGUUUCUCGAUCAUCUUCAACCCCGACUCGCGCCGACACAAUUAGAAGGAAACGAAUGCAUACAGUUCCAGCGAAUUCUGGCUCCAUAUUGGACUCCAAAUGCAUCCGCAUUCGUCGAACAAAAGCUGCUUGACCGUCAAAACUACCUUGAGACCCUGAGAGCACGGCAUAGACAUUGA